AAAAACAGUCAUUUAAUCUGUUGUUUUCUGCAGGUGAGUAUAGGCUGCCCAGAGAAGAUGGAGCCCAUUACCAAGGUGUCCCACAUCCCCACCAGCCGCUGGGCUCUGUACUGCAGCCUGUGCCGAGAACACACAGGAACCUGCAUCCAGUGCUCCAUGCCCUCCUGCAUUGUGGCCUUCCAUGUGACGUGCGCCUUUGACCACGGCCUGGAGAUGAAGACCAUCCUGGCUGAAAACGAUGAGGUGCGCUUCAAGUCCUUCUGCCUGGAGCACAGCUCCACCGCCACCAACACGACCAGUGUAACCAAUGGAAACCACGCCGUCCCUUCAACCACCGACUUAGCUGCCAGAUCCGACUGGGCUCCUGGCUCUGAACUGCAGCCAGAGCAGCACCAGGGGUUUAACAGCUGCGGUGACACGGAUCAGAGCAGAGUAUCACACCUGGUCUCGGUGUCUGCAUCAGAGCGAGCCGAGCGAGACCAGCUGGAGAGAGAGAAGGUUAGCCAGAGGAAGCAGAAGCUCCAGGAGCUGGAGGAUGAGUUUUACAGACUGGUGGAUCCAAGCGACGUCGCCGAAAACCUUGAGCUGCCGCUCAUUCAGGUGGAUUUCUUAUAUCAGUUCUGGAAGUUAAAGAGGAAGGCCAACUUCAAUCAGCCCCUAGUCACUUUAAAAAGGGACGAGGUGGACAACCUGGCCCAGCAGGAGCAGGACGUCCUCUACAGACGACUCAAACUCUUUAUGCACCUUCGUCAGGAUCUUGAGAGGGUGCGUAACUUGUGCUACAUGGUGACACGGAGGGAAAAAAUGAAGCACACCCUCAGCGACCUCCAGGAGAAGAUCUUCCAACUGCAGAUCCAGCUGCUAGAAGAAGAAACGGCAGGAGAGAAAACCCAGAAACCAGAAAAGAAGAAACAAAAUGGAGUGAAGAAUAAAAAGAAAGAGAGAAGGAAGCUUAGUGCUGGCAAGAAAAAGGAGAGAUGGAAGUCGGAGAACGGAUCCCUGCUUAAAGAGCUUGGCUUGCCAAAGUCAUUUCCAUUAGAAAACUCUUUGUUCGACAGCUGGCUGGCCAAGUCAGUUCAGAUCACUGCUGAUGACAUGCUAAGCCAGUGGGCUCUGGGCGGCCAGCAUAAUGACAAAAGCAGCAGUCUGCUAUCUGACCAGCUAAUGCAGGGCGAGGAAAGCCUCCUGAACCUUAUGAUGGAGAACUCUAUGCAGCCUGCCUGGAAAACACCUCAGCUGGGCCGCAAACCCAGGGGAAGCAUCAAACCCCGUUCACGGGGACAAACUACUGCGAGCAACCAGCCUCUUUUUGGAGCAGCUGCAUCUGCCACCAGCUGCCCCUCUACAGCAAAGAGCCUCUGGGAAAAGUCCAGCCAUGUAGGCCAGAAAGGCGAAAAGCCAAGAAGCUCGUUUAAGACCGUGCACCACCAUGUUCAUCAACACCAGACCAGGAGCUCUGACCUGUACAGUGACCCACCACCACAGCCGCCUAUCUCCAAAAUGGAUUCCUGCCACAUUUCUGAGGAGCGUGGCCCGUGGGACAGCGUCCACAUGGGAAAUGGGGUUGUGUUGGGGGAUGGAUCUGGUUUUACAGCCAGCUCUUCUCCAUCUCCGGCCUCCAGUCCGGGUAUCACAGUGCCUGACGCCAGGGCAAUCCUCCGAGGUGGGGGACCAAGGUCCCGCCUGGCCCGUCAGGGCAGAUCCAGAGUAAGGGGAGGCUUUGGGGAACUGGACUCCAUGGACCUGCCACUCACAGGGAAGGGCACAUCCUUGCUGGAUGCUGCCGACACUGAUGGGUAUUUCUCUGAUGGUGAGAGUGAUUUGGAAGUGCGUUCCGGUGGACGUAAACUUCGGCUGCCUCAGUUGCAUUCUGCGAAUGAGGAUCUACUGAGAAGAAGCGUUCUGGCGUCCUAAACAACCUAGACUCAAACAAAAACACAAAGGAAGAUCUCAAAGCUGACUGGUGGCUGAGCAGCCUUGUUAAACCAAAUCUGUCAUAUCUAUCAGUGGUGACUUUUUCCAGCUCUGCUUUGUUUUUUUGUUGUUGUUUUUUUAGGGAGGGGUGAUCUGAAUGUAGCUGUAUGCUUAUCGUACAGUAAAGCUUCUCCACUGGACCACAGUUUGACGUUAGCUCAUCAUACAGUACUCUCAGCAAAUAGGAAACAAACAUAACCAUUUGUCUUUGUAUA